AUGGAUUCCGAGGACGACUUCAUGUCUGGAGCAUCAAGUGAGGAUGAUGUUCUUAUGGGCGAAAGCGAAAAUGAAGAGGAGUCGGAGGAUGAAUUCGGAUUCGAAGAAUCAGCACCCGAUAUUAGCUUCAAGGAUGAUACGCAGAAGAAAAAGAAGUCACUCGAUAUAAAUUACAAAGUUCACCGUCCCGAAGAUAUUCAAAGUCAACAGGACGAACUUAUUAAUGAAGUCAACAUGAUACUCGAUAUUCGCAAAGAAGACGCUGCUAUCCUCUUGAGGCACUUCAGAUGGAAUAAAGAACGCUUGAUCGAGGAUUACAUGGAUCGUCCGAAAAAGGUUCUUGACGAUGCUGGUUUAGCAUCAAGUAAAUCAGGGCCACCGAAGCUUGAGGUUAUACCAGAUUUUGUCUGCGACAUCUGCUGCGAGGAUGAAGCCGGAUUACUAUCGUUUGCUAUGAAAUGUGGGCAUCGAUACUGCGUUAACUGCUACAAUCAAUACUUGAGUCAAAAGAUCAAGGAGGAGGGAGAGGCAGCUCGUAUUCAAUGUCCACACGACGGAUGCCGAAGAAUUAUGGAUAGUCAUUCUCUGGAUCUACUUGUUGCUGCAGAUUUGAAGUCACGAUAUCACGAACUUCUCACGAGAACAUACGUUGAAGACAAAGAGUUCUUGAAAUGGUGCCCUGCUCCGGAUUGUCAAAAUGCUAUCGAGUGUGCUAUCAAGAAGAAGGAUCUUGAUAAAGUUGUCCCAACAGUUGCAUGUGAAUGUAAGCAUCGUUUCUGUUUCGGUUGCAUAUUAGCAGAUCAUCAACCUGCACCUUGUACACUGGUCAAGAAAUGGCUGAAAAAGUGUGCGGAUGAUUCUGAAACCGCCAAUUGGAUUUCCGCCAACACAAAAGAAUGUCCAAAGUGUAAUUCUACCAUCGAGAAGAACGGAGGGUGCAACCAUAUGACCUGUCGAAAGUGCAAACAUGAAUUCUGUUGGAUGUGUAUGGGAUUAUGGUCGGAGCAUGGAACGAGCUGGUAUAACUGCAAUAGAUAUGAAGAGAAAAGUGGCUCCGAAGCCAGAGAUGCUCAGGCGAAUUCCCGAAAAUCCCUUGAACGUUACCUUCAUUACUAUAAUCGAUAUGCCAAUCAUGAACAAUCAGCAAAGUUGGACAAGGAUAUCUAUCAUAAGACAGAGAAAAAGAUGAUUCAACUUCAAUCCGCUUCGGGAUUAUCUUGGAUUGAAGUUCAAUAUCUCAAUUCCGCCAGUCAAGCUUUACAAACUUGCCGUCAAACUCUUAAAUGGACCUACGCCUUUGCCUUCUAUCUUCAACGUAAUAAUCUUACAGAAAUGUUCGAGGAUAAUCAAAGGGAUCUUGAGAUGGCCGUUGAGGCUUUGUCGGAAAUGUUUGAGAAACCAGUUCAGGAACUUGCAGCCCAAAAGUUGAAGGUUGAAAUUAUGGACAAGACAUCUUAUUGUAACAAACGUCGGAUCAUCCUGCUAGCAGAUACUGCCGACAAUCUUGCCACUGGUGCAUGGUCUUGGAGCACGAGCUUCUGA